AUGAAUUGCUUGCUAACUGUUGUAUAUGGUUACAAUACAAUAGAGAAAAGGACAACCUUAUGGGAGAACUUGAAAGAGGUGGCACAAGGUAUAAACAUGUCAUGGUUAGUUACUGGUGAUUUCAAUGCAGUAAUGGCUCCACAAGAUAGAAUGUUUGGGAAUCCAGUGACCUAUGCAGAGACUAAAGAUUAUGUUGAUUCUAUGGCUCAUCUAAAACUGAACAUUAAGAUACCAUUCAGAUUUUUGAACGUAUGGGCUAAGAAUGACAACUUCUUACCACUGCUGAACAAUGAGGAUUUCAAAUACAUAUCACAAAAGAUUGAGAAGACUAGAGCUGAAUUGAUCAAUACUCAGAAACAAAUCAGUAACAAAUGCUCUGAUGAAUUAGUAGAAAUGGAGAGACAACAGCUACACAACUUGGAGAAAUGGUCUAUGAUUGAGGAGCAAGCAAUGAAGCAUAAAUCCAAGGCACAUUGGAUAAGGCUAGGAGAUUCUAAUACAAAAUAUUUCAUAGCUAUUAUCAAAGAAAGCAAAAAUACUACCAGCAAUCAACAAGCACACCAUGAGAAAAGGCCCUACCUUAUCACACCAACAAAAACUGGACUUCUGUACAAAGCCUGGCAAGUAGUGAAGGGAGAUGUAGUGGUGGCAGUCAAGGAAUUCUUCAGUACUGGAAAAAUGUAUAAGGCAGUCAAUUGUACUGCUAUUACAUUAGUGCCAAAGACUGCUCACCCUGCCACAGUAAAGGAAUAUAGGCCAAUAGCAGGUUGUUCUGUCCUAUACAAGAUUAUAGCAAAGAUACUAGCAUCUAGAAUGCAACAAAUGAUUGCUGAUGUCAUCUGUCAAGCACAUGCAGGCUUCAUACCAGGACGGAAGAUUGCUGAUAAUAUCAUACUCAUAAAUGAACUAGUGAAGUCCUACACUAGAAAACAAGUAUCACAUAGAUGCACGAUCAAAAUUGACCUUCAAAAGGCAUAUGAUUCUGUUGAAUGGCCUUUUCUGGAACAGGUCAUGUUUGAACUAGGUUUCCCAUCUCAAUUUAUUACUUGGAUAAUGGAAUGUGUGCAUACAGUGAACUAUACCAUUGUGAUAAAUGGGGAACCAACAGAGCUUUUUAAUGCUGCAAGGGGUCUUAGGCAAGGGGAUCUAAUCUCACCUUUUCUCUUUGCUAUGGCUAUGGAGUACCUUAGUAGAUGCCUUAAUGAACUCAAAGAAGUAAAAGCUUUUAAAUAUCAUCCUAGAUGUGCUAAGCUGGGAAUCACUGAUCUCAGUUUUGCAGAUGAUCUUCUUAUGUUCACUAGAGGAGACAUAGCAUCAGUAGCAGCAAUGCAGCAAUGCCUUCUUCAUUUCUCUGCAGCCUCUAGUCUUAAGGCUAAUAUGGGGAAGAGUUGUGUAUAUUUUGGAGGGGUUCAACAUCAGGAUAAAGAAACAAUAUUAGCAAGCUGGGAUUCAACCAAGGAGACCUCCCUUUCAAGCAGGGUUCAGUUGAUACAAUCAAUUAUUUUUGGGGUACAAUCAUAUUGGGCUCAAUUAUUCAUAAUACCUGCAAAAUUUCUAUCACUUAUAGAGGCUUACUGUAGGAGCUUUGUAUGGUCUGGAACUAAUACAAUCACAAGGAAAGCACUGGUAGCAUGGGAAAGAGAUGUGAAUAUUCCAAGAGACUCUGGGAAAAGACUAUGCAGUAGCUUCAACAUCAAAGCUGCAAGCAUUCUCAGUGGAAACACCAUCUGGAAUGGGCUAUCAAAAGUGCAAAAGGGAGAUCACCGCAAGCUCAAAUAUGCAGGAUGGCCUGCAGAAGAUGGUCGAGAGGAUCGAGCAGCUCUGCGAGGAGGUCAACAUGAUGAAGGCGAAGACCUUGGGGGUGGAAAGAAGGUAUGGACUGCUUUGCUGCGGAAAAAGAGACUGCUUUAUCCCAAUUGUCAUCGGCCGAAAGCCAAGUCUGAAGCUAAAACAGCAAAAGCCGAGACAGAGGCGAUCGUGGUCGUCUACCGAGCCAAUGCUGAAGCCGCUCAAGUUCAAACUAGAGAGCGUGAAGCUGAUGCUGGAGCACUGUCCUCCUCCUCCGAUGAUGAUGACGCCGAGAGCAAGAGCAGGUCUGAGAGCGGGGGGAACCUCGAUUGA